AGCGUGCCCACUAAAAACCCUGAUUUGCCAAGGAUUGGAGCGUCAACCUAGUACAUGCAUCCGAUAAUCAUCUUCUCAUACAAAAUGGAUUUUAGCCAAAACAAUCUGUUUGGUUAUAUAGAAGAUCUGCAGGAACUUACUAUCAUUGAAAGGCCGGUGCGCAGGAGCUUAAAGACACCAGAAGAAAUAGAGAGACUGACAGUUGAUGAAGAACUCAAUGAUAUUGAAAGGGCUGUGUAUCUCCUCAGUUCUGGUCAAGACAUCCAAGGGACAAGUGUGGUUGCAAAUCUUCCAGUCCUGAUGCGACAGAAUCCUACAGAGACACUGAGGAGAGUCUUGCCAAAAGUUCGAGAAGUUCUACCUGUUGCAGGUGUGGAAAUGCAAUUAACAGCAGCUGUUUCUCUUUUGACAAUUCUUCAAGAGGAGUCAAUAUCCAUCCAUACUUACUCUCACUCAUUCUUACAACUCAUUCUACAGAAUCUGGAACAUAGAGAUGCAGGUGUCAGUAAUGCUUGGCUGGAUACACUUCUUGCUGCAAUAGAAGCUCUUCCGAAAGAAACUAUUAGACAUGAGAUCUUGAAUCCUCUUGUUUCCAAGGCACAGCUUUCCCAAACGCUUCAGUCUCGCCUGGUUAGUUGUAAAAUCUUGGGGAAAUUAGCUAACAAGUUUGAAGCUCAUAUCAUUAAAAGAGAAAUCCUUCCCCUGGUAAAAUCUCUUUGCCAGGAUGUAGAAUAUGAAGUUCGUUCCUACAUGUGCCGGCAGCUAGAACUAAUUGCUCAAGGAAUAGGAACGGAGCUAACAAAAAAUGUAGUGCUUCCAGAACUAGUAGAAUUAGCAAGGGAUGAAGGCAGCAGUGUACGUCUUGCAGCUUUUGAAACAUUGGUAAAUCUGUUAGAAAUGUUUGAUGCAGAUGAUAGAAGUCAAACUGUUCUCCCAUUAGUGAAAUCAUUCUGUGAAAAGUCCUUUAAAGCAGAUGAAUCUAUUCUGGUUUCAUUAUCUUUUCAUUUAGGGAAGCUUUGUAAUGGACUAUAUGGAAUUUUUACACCAGAGCAGCAUUUGCGAUUUUUGGAGUUCUAUAAGAAGCUUUGUACACUGGGAUUAGAACAGGAAAAUGGGCACAAUGACAACCAGAUUCAGCUGCAAACCCUAGAACAGGAAAAGAAAUACAUAUCAGUGAGGAAGAACUGUGCUUACAAUUUACCUGCCAUGAUGAUUUUUGUGGAUCCCAAAAAUUUCAAUUUGGAACUGUAUUCUACAUUCUUCUGUUUCUGUCAUGAUCCUGAAGUACCAGUUAGACAUACUAUGGCUAGUAGCUUCUAUGAAGUUGCCAAGCUUUUAAAUACUGAUGUGUAUAUAAUACAUAAAGAACUGAUAGCCUUAUUGCAGGAUGAAUCAGUAGAGGUGAUAGAUGCAUUAAUAAAUAACCUUCCAGAAAUUCUUGAACUUCUGUCUACUGGAGGAGAAAACAGUGGAUCAGAGAACAAGCUUUUAAAUUUUCCAGAGUUAAUUCCAGCACUAACAAGAGCUGAACAGAGGGCAGCAACCUCUUUAAAAUGGAGGACACAUGAGAAGUUACUACAAAAGUAUGCCUGCUUGCCUCAUGUCAUCUCAAGUGAUCAGAUUUAUUACCGCUUUUUGCACAGAAUGCUGACAAUCAUUAUGACAAAUAAUGUUUUACCUGUCCAAAGAGCAGCUGCUCGAACACUAUGUAUAUACUUACGAUAUAAUCGUAAGCAAGAACAGAGAUAUGAGGUCAUCCAGAAAUUGAUUGAACAACUGGGCCAAGGAAAAAGCUAUUGGAAUAGAUUACGUUUUUUAGAUACCUGUGAAUUCAUCAUAGACCUCUUUUCCAAAUCAUUUUUCUGUGAAUACUUCUUUCUUCCUGUGCUUGAACUUACACAUGAUCCAGUAGCAAAUGUGAGAAUGAAGCUUUGUUAUUUAUUACCAAAAGUGAAGUCAACCCUCAAGGUUCCCACAGACAAACAUUUACUGCAGCAGCUAGAAAUGAGUGUAAGAAAACUGCUAUGUGAGGAAAAAGAUAAAGACGUCUUGAACAUUGUUAAAAAAAUGGUACUAGAACUUGACAGAAUGGAUACCUCUUUAGAUGCUUUUCAGAAGAGGUUUUAUGAAAAUGACCUAUUGGAUCAGCAGAAAGAAAGAGAGGAACAACUUCUUUUGGAAAUGGAACAAUUAGAAAAAGAGAAACAGCAAAAUGAGAACAGGUCUACAAAUAUGAGUGAUAAAAUUUAUGAAAAGAAGCGUAGAGACAGUAAAGCAUCAUCAACUUUGGCCAAAACUAUCCCAAUAUCUGUUUCUGGAAACCCUUCAGGCGCUUCAGCAAGCAAAGAAGUAAAAAAGUCUAAAUUGGUUCGAAGUCAGUCUUUCAGUAGUCAAGCUCUGCAAUCAAAAUAUGGCAACAUUGACAAAUGCCCCAGCAAAAGUUCUUCAGUAGGCUAUACUUCUGUGCCAGGAGUAGCAAAGAAUUCUAUGUUCUCAUUUACUGAUGAUUCCUUCCGAACUCGCCCCACCAAUGUCAGUGGCACUGCUGCUUUUAAUUCUACUUCCACCUUACCAUCUUCUUCUCGUAACACAAAUAACACAGUUGAUCAAAAAAGCAAUGGGAAUAAAGAGAGCCAUUCACGGAAGGUUAGCUUGUAA